UUUACAAACAUUUAUCACAAGAGAAAAUCUUUUAUAAAUUAAUUUAAAACUUCGUUCAAUAAGUUUUAUACAUGAUAUUCUUCGUCGAUCACGAUCAUUCUCCAAUGUUGAAAAAUGGAAAGCAUCUGAAGUACGAUUAUUUAUUUUAUAUAUUGGCUUGCCUGUACUUGUUGAAUUUUUACCUGAAGAAAGAAUUGAAGAUUUUGCUUUAUACAAUGUUAUUCUUCGUCUUUUACAUGACUAUUGGGAUAAUGAUAAAAAAUUAGGCGAUUCAAUAUCUAGUUUAUUGAAAAUUUACAUUAAAAACUCAUCAAAAAAUGUUAUUUCCAAUGUGCAUCGACCCAAACUACUUACAAUAUCAACUCAUACUCAUCUCCAUCUUCCUUUUUAA